CUUGCAUCAAAACAACCCCGACCAGCCGCAGUGCUGCUAGACUUGGGAUGGAGGACAGGAGCCCAAUCGCCAGGAUCGAAGAGGCAGACAUUUCGUAAGCAUCCGAUCAUUGAAUCCUGGUACGGUGCGUCUCUUAGUGCUAACUUCUUUAUUAGGGCGGAGCGCUUGUUGACGGACACGCACACGAUCGAGUUUCUUCUCCAACUCCGUCAAUCGCAAAGCCCGGCACUGGAUUUCGCCCUCGCCAUGCAUCCCCUGAGCGGCAGCGCCGUCAACAUCAACGUCAAUCACGUCGCCGCAGCAUUCAACUGCAGUCCUCUGCGGGAGAUGCUCAAGCUGGCUGGGGUCCUGGAGGAUGCCACCUGGGGAAGGAAAGCGGGCCUCGCCUUCUUUCACAACCGCGGCAUGAACGCUAUUCAUCCUCGUUCUCCCCGCCUUACAAGUCAUUCUCGGGGGACAUCGGCUUCCUUCCUCAGGGAGACAGUCGCCCGCGCGAUUGUUCGCAGAACCAAAUUUCGGAGCCAAGACUGGGCUCAUGGGGAAGGCGGAAAGAAUGUUGCCAUAAGUAGCAUGGGGAAUAUCACCUCCACGACUACCUUCAUCCCCGCCGCCACAGGUACAACAGAAUGCGAAUGGCCCACCCCGGCAGGGUUCAUGUCCCAAGACGAGGUGCGAGUCUCAGACAGCUCGGUCGCCGGUCCCGUAUCAAGCAACCCUACUCCCUAUGCCCCAUCGCCGUGGUCCUUGCCCCUGUUGAUAAAUGGGCAUGGGCACGGGUAUUAAUUCGAGACCGAACUGUUGCGCGCGCAGCUGGGUCCGGACGGGUGGCAGCGCGGAACUGGGGUGGACCACGAGGUGAACGAGGCCGUCGUUGUUCCUUGGCACGAUCCAGUUUUUGGCUAUGAUAUUGAGUAUGGGCGGC